UUCGGCUGUCAGCUGUCGUUGCAUGUUUUGUUCCAACAUAAGAAACACCGGCACAUUCUAGUUACGAUUGCUCCAAAUAAAGGCUGGAACUACCGUGUUCUAUAUUUAUCAGUUGUAGAGAGUAAUCAAGUAAAAACGACUUAGGAUAUCAAUAAAAUGUCGUUCAUUGCAAGGGCGCUAUUGAGAAACGUGCCUACCUUGUGUCAGCGAGCUGGUCGUCAACAGAACUCCGUUAGUCGGCUUUUGCACCAAACCGCACCACUGUUAGCCGUCAAAGUACAACAACCCGCACCAGACUUUAAAGGACUGGCUGUUGUUGGCAAUGACUUUCAAGAGUUAAAGCUGGCCGACUUCAGAGGAAAAUACCUGGUGUUAUUCUUUUAUCCCUUAGAUUUCACUUUCGUCUGCCCAACUGAAAUCAUUGCAUUUAGUGAACGCAUUGAAGAAUUUAAACAAUUGAAUGCUGAAGUGGUUGGUGUGUCCGUAGAUUCACAUUUUAGUCACUUGAUGUGGUGCAAUUCAGAACGCAAGAAUGGCGGUCUUGGAGGUCUCAAUUAUCCGCUACUCUCCGAUUUAACUAAGAAAAUUUCCAACGAUUACGACGUACUGCUCGAGAACGAAGGCAUUUCUCUACGUGGCACCUUCAUUAUCGAUCCAAAUGGCAUUGUGCGUCAAUACUCAAUAAACGAUUUGCCGGUCGGUCGCUCAGUUGACGAAGUGCUGCGCCUCAUCAAGGCAUUCCAGUUUGUAGAUGAGCACGGAGAGGUGUGUCCAGCGAAUUGGCAUCCAGAGAGUAAUCCAGACACAAUCAAGCCUGAUGUAGCUGAUUCAAAAGAAUACUUCAAAAAGCAUGCAUAAAUGGGAAUCCAGUGUUUGUUUAUAGUAAAAAUCACUUCACUUUUAGCAUUAACAUUUGCAAUUUAAAAGUGAUGUGUUGCCUCAGAAUAAACAACAAGAAAGUAAAGAAAUAUCAAGGAAUCUGGCCUUCUAUGUAGUAUAUAGCUUUAUUUGGUGAAUGAAUAAAAUUCAGAAACUGCAACAAA